AUGUCUAACCAGGUGCAACCGUACACAAUCGCAGUGCCCGUUGCAGAUUUGCAGGAUCUCAAGCAGCGCCUUCAUCUGGCCAAAUUUGCAUCUCAGCUUGAGUCACCGGAGCAAGACUCGUGGGAAUUUGGUGUGCCGACCAGCGAAGUUCAGCGACUUGUGAAAUACUGGAAAGAGGGCUUCGAUUGGCGAAAGGCAGAAUCUCAUCUAAAUGAACUACCGCAGUUUCAUACUGACAUUGAAGUUGAUGGAUUUGGGGUAUUAGAUAUCCACUUUGUUCACCAGACCAGUCCUGUCAAGGGUGCUAUUCCCCUUCUAUUUAGUCAUGGAUGGCCUGGAUCAUUCGUCGAAGUGACGAAGCUUCUGUCGAAGCUUAAAGGUGAGGAUGGACAUCCCGCAUUCCAUGUCGUGGCCCCAUCGCUUCCAAACUUUGGAUUCUCAUCUGGAGUGACUCGUCGCGGAUUCGGCCUGGGCCAGUACGCUGAGGCUCUGCAUAAGCUUAUGCUUAAGCUGGGCUAUAAUCAAUACGUCACGCAAGGUGGAGACUGGGGCUUUUGGAUCACACGAAGUAUUGGCCUUCUUUACCCCGAGCACUGCAAAGCCUCCCAUGUCAACAUGAUCGUGGCUCGGCCACCUCGAUGGAGUACUAGCCCUUUCCUCGCUUUACAACAUGCUUUCACGCCUUACACUACUCGAGAGCGGGAGGGACGCAAGCGAUCCGAAUGGUUCGAUCGGGAAGGCUACGGAUACAAUACGCUCCAAAGCACCAAGCCGCAAACGAUUGGUGCUGCACUUGCAGACAGCCCAGUCGCUUUGUUAACCUGGAUUUACGAAAAGCUCCACGAUUGGACGGAUUCCUACCCCUGGACCGAUGACGAGAUUUUGACUUGGGUCUCGAUCUACUGGUUCUCCAAAGCGGGACCAGAUGCAAGUGUGCGCAUUUAUUAUGAAGCUCUGCAUGCCGAAUCAGCCUCCGGAAUCACGUAUGAUCAAUUGAGGUCUUACAUUCCUGAUGUAAAGCUUGGUUUGGUUCACCUUCCACGGGAAAUUUCGGUUGUUCCAGCCACAUGGGCGGCGGCGUUGGGUCCGGUUAUACGGCAGAGUGAGCAUAGUCGUGGGGGUCAUUUCGCAGCAUGGGAAGUUCCGAAUGCUAUUAUUGAGGAUCUCUGGGCAAUGUUUAGUGAGGGAGGUCCUUGUCAUGGAGUGAUACCUAACAGGGAUGGGCAUUGA